AUGGCGGAGUACGAGGCUUGUAUCCUCGGCAUUGAAGCAGUUAUUGAUCUAAGGAUCAAAAUCCUCGAAGUCUAUGGGGAUCCAGCCUUGGUCAUCAUCCAAGUCAAAGGAGAUUGGGAAGCUCGAGAUCACAAGUUGGUCUUAUACAAGGAGAAUGUCUUAAAGAUAAUCUCGUACUUCGACAAGAUUACAUUACAUCACAUCUCGCAAGAGGAGAAUCAGUUGGUUGAUGCCUUAGCUACCUUAUCAUCCAUGUUUAAGGUCAAGUGGAAAAAUGAAGCAUCAUUUAUCCACAUUGACUACUUGGAUGAACCAACCUACUGUUUGGCAACCGAAGACGAGUUUGAUAUCCAUCCUUGGUUUUAUGAUAUCAUGAGGUACUUGGAGAGCAAGGAAUACCCAGAAAAUGCAUCCAUCACAGACAAGAAGUAUCUCCAAAAGCUCUCGGUCAAGUUCUUUUUGAGUGGAUAG